UGGACUUCCGGGUUAUGAUAAAUACAUGUAUUUUGAUUGAACAUUGAAGAAAAUUUACUUCCUAGUUAAGUUACUUCGGUUUUAACUUUAAACUGCAGUCGAAUUUCACUGAAAUGAAUGGGACCAAAAUUCCAAUGAGAUGUUACUUGCAAAAGUGUUUCUUGUUUGGAUGUUUAAUGCAGUGUUUGGAUGGAUGUGUCCUAGUGAUGUAGAAGUUCAAAGAAUUUACGUCAAAACUGGAGAAAAAGCAGUAAUCAGUUUCCAGACUUCAUUAAAAUCAUAUAAUGGCGUACUUUUGUACAGUGUAGUAAGAUUUGAUCAUCUUAACGUUUACUCAGCCGUAUUCUAUGAAAACGUGUUACAAAAUGAGAAGUCCUAUUUGAACUCUGAGUUUAUUGGGGAUGCCAACACUGGGAAUUUCACAGUGAGGACGGCAAGUGUGAAGUCACAAGAUGGUGGGACAUAUAUGCUACGACAUAAAGAAGGAACAUCGAAUAUGACUACAGAAGAAUGUGCCAUGUUAUAUAUCCUAGAUAAACCAAAGAAGGCGACUGUUUAUCAUGACAGUAUAAAUAUCCAAGGAAAUAAUAGUACCUUAACUUGUACCAGCAUUUCUACAACAUACCCGACAAAUCACACACUAAAUCUUACAUAUAACUGGAUUAUCAACAAUGUCAGCAACCCUUCUAACCAAAGAUAUGUAUAUUCUUCAAAUAAAAAGACAAUUUUUAUCAAAUCUGUUGAUAAAGAGGAUGCAAACAUGAAAUUAACGUGCAGCGCUACAGAAUUCGGCGAUGAAGUUAUUGGGUAUACAUCAGAUGAAAGUGAAAUGUCAUUAUUUGUUGUUAUUUAUGGACCUGAAAAGAACGAAAUCAAUACAACAUCUCCAUAUAUAAUUAUGGAAGGAGAUAGUACUGAGACAAUCAAAUGCAAAGCAGACUGUUACCCGUCAUGCGCAUGCGUUUGGAGAAAUGAAUCUUCAGGAAGUAGUAUUGGAGAAAACGGAAGUUUUGUUAUAAGGACAAUCUCAAAAUACCAAUCCGGGAAUUAUACAUGUACCUGUACAAAUACAGCAAAAGACAAGAUCGCGACUGAGCAGACUUCUUCGUUGUAUAUCAAAGUUGAAUAUAAUAGUAAAAGAUCACCAAUUGCAGAUAAUUCUGGUACAAACACCUGCGACCAUACUUGGAUGAUAGUAGGAAUAAUAUUCGGGUUAUUAUGUGUAGUAAUGAGUGGCUAUGCAGUCUAUGUUACAAUUCUACUGAGAAGGACUAACAUCAGAAAAGGCGAGGGGGGAUCAGCUGGAACGACUGAUCCUGCAUAUUACGAAAAAGUAGAGGAAGAUUCGAAAACUGCUGAAAAUCGGAGAGAACCAGGUUCUUCAAACACGGACGAGUACGAAAACUCCGUAAAAAUGUACACGGAUCUUGUGCGAUAUUCGAAGGACGAGAAACAAACCUACGACAUCAUUCAAAGCAAUAAAUGAAACACUGGAUUGACAGCCUAAUUAUUAAGAUAUUUGAAUUAAACAUUUACCAUAGAGGCGAUGCUAAUCAUUGUUAUAUGUAAGUAAAGCAAAGAAAGAUGGAUAAAAGUCAUACGCGUACAGAAAUGAUGAAACAUCGAAAUUCUCACCGUGAAAUACAACCAUAUUCUUAAACCAAAUAAUCAAACAGAGUCUGAAAUUUUCAUGUAAUUUUGUGUGACUAAUGCUUCCGAGGGAUAACCCUUCUUCCAGAAUUUUAUUCGUUAGGCUGAUACGUUGAUACAGGACUGUGCAUUUUUUUUAUACAUUUGCAUUGUAUACCUGUAUACUGAUGCAUAAAUAGGUUUAUUGUAUAGUGUAUAUCAUUCUCUGGACUUGACAAUACGUGUUGUACAUAAGUAGCUUUUUUACUAUGUGUUAAUCUCUACCUUGUUGUACAAAGUUCACUAUUUUGCUAUUGUAUUAAAUAUUUUUCUUGUGGCACUAUAUAAAUAACACUUGGGUUUGUGGGUAACAGUGAAAAUAACAUCCGAGGAAAAUACGCGAGAUGAUAUUUUUUUCGAGAGAUGAUAUUUUACUGUAACUCACAAACCCAUGGGUUAUUUAUUUUAUUACCCCGAACCUAUACUGUGAUGAUCUAAAAUUGUCAACUGAAUCUAACUGUAACAAAAUUAAACCAAGAGUAGCAAUAACUAAACUGUCAUUACCUUGCAAGUUUUAAGGUAACUGACUGUAGGCCUACUUGAGAAGUUAUUUUCCGUUUAUUCUUUAACCAAGUGAUGAUAUCUACUAGUCAUACACAUACAAUAAGCUGUGUUUUAUUUCGAAAACAAAACACAAACUCAUUUAUACGUUAUGAUCUGUGAAAUCUGAUCCUUCUGGCUGCCUUCGAUUGCUAACGCGGGUUUAACACUUUCGACACGGGUAACAAUCGAACAAGGUAGAGUUGAGUAUUACGUCAUCAGUUUUGCGUACCUGAGUUACGCGGGUUGGACACUGCCUAUCAGCUGGGUCACAAGUGUUAAAAUGGCGGCCAACAACGUUGAAAAGGAGUAAAUGAGAGGAUUUUUAUAGUUUUUCUGCUUUUGUUUGUUAAUAGAAUCUAAUAUAGCCUUUGAAUUUAUCUUUACUUUAUUUAUUUAUAUAAAAUAGUUAAAGUAAUUCAAGCAUUAUUUCCUCCGCCCAAAGGUGCAAAUAAUUCCCUGGGCGCAGCCAUAUUUGUUUACAACCCGAUCAACUCGUGCUUGUUCGAUUGCUAUUAAAGGUACGCAUGCGCAUAUGAGCUUUUCCGGUAUCGACAUUACUUACACGGGUUAGGCAAUCGAAGGCAGCCAAAAAUAUUCUUCGCAUGGUUUUUGACAAAGUGCAGUUACAAAAUAACGAUGAUAUCCUAUGAAGGUCCACCAUAUCCAUAAUAUUCGAGAAAAAAUGAAUCGAGAAAAAAAUUGGCCAUUUUAAUUAAUUUUAUUUAGAAAAUAGACCACGUGACCAGAUUUUACACUGUUAAAUAGUACUGUUACCUAUGAAACAGCAUAAAUUCUUAGUCACGUGGCACAUGUACACUUGCAUUACCAGUAAGAAUAACCCCAAGAGGCCUAUGGGAAUUUGACAUUACGAAAAAAGUGAGGGGUAAUAAAACAAAAUGUAUAACGUUUUGAUAUUGUAUUAUGUAUUUGGACCGAUGGCCUGGAUUAUUAGGUUAAAGAAAUUGUAUUAACUUGUAUUGUCAUUCGAAAAUCUGUUUUGAAAUGUUCAAUUUUCUAAUUAUUAUUAACUGCCAUUCUCAAAUUAAAAGCAUAUUGAAUCAAAAAUAAAAAAAAAAUGUAAAAAAAUCGAGAAUGUUUUUAGAUAGCAAAGUGAUAAAUAUUGAAGUUGUACAUGUAUUAUGAAUGCAUGGAAAUGAUCCUGUAUGCUUAACAGUGGACUCUAGAGAAGAUGCCGGAAAUGGCAAGAAAUAAAAUGAGAAAAUAUUAAGAAUAUGCUGUGGUGAAUUUAAAAUGAAAACAAUAUAAACAAUAUCAAUUUUGCACUUUGUAAAGCUUGUGUUAAUUUGUUUUUUAUCUUCAAUUGUCAUGAGUACCUUGUCUUUAUUCUAUUAUUCGUUUUAAUUAUAGAUAUAAUAAGUAAGAAAGUAGAUAGGCAGGCAAGUA